UCGCUUGGCUAUGUUCCCGUCUUCCUCGUUAGCCGUCGUUACAUAGGUGUUUGGAGUUAGGGUUCGUCGGGGACUGCGAUUCUAGCGAAGGGAGAGAGAUGGGGCACUCUAACGUCUGGAACUCGCAUCCGAAGAACUAUGGCCCUGGAUCUCGGGUUUGCCGGGUGUGUGGGAACCCCCAUGGACUAAUUAGGAAGUAUGGUCUAAUGUGUUGCAGACAGUGCUUCCGCAGCAAUGCUAAGGAAAUUGGCUUUAUUAAGUAUCGUUGAAAAUAUUGGGUUCACCCGAGGCAGACUGCUGAAUGAACUACCACGCACCAGAAGGCUUUUUACUUAUCGUGUAGUCGGACCUCUAUGCUUUGCUUUUAACAUUUUUCACGUAUUAAAUCUUGUGAUUUUGUUUGACCCAUAUACUUAAGUAGAGUAUUUUUUUAAGGUCUUCCUUUCCAACUCAUGAUCAACUGUUUAGCACAUUUUCAUUAUGAGAUCUCUAUUGUCGACUGCUGGCAAGAUGCAA